AUGGUAGCGAACAUCAACAGUUCGUCGAAUGAAUUGAUUAAAUUACCAUCUGAAUUAAUCAAUAUUGUCUGGGGAAAUGACAUUGAAAUGUCGAUAUUUGAACGAUGGUCUCAAUCGUUUCAAUUUUCUAUUGAUGAACCAUCGGCAUUUAUUCAACAUGAAGGUGGACCAUGUUCUGUUUUAACAACAGUUCAAGCACAUCUAUUAAAUGAAUUAAUUUUUUGUUCACGAUGUGAUCAAAAUUGGCGACAAGCAUCAUCGGAUGAAAUCGAUCUUCAUUUCCUAAAUGCACUUGUAUCAAUUCUUCAUUUAUUAUCAUCAUCCAAUAAAAAAAUCUAUUUGGCAAAUUUUUCCAAUGACAAACCUUCGUACACAGUCAAAGAAUUCCAUGAGAAAAUUCAAUUUUCUCUUUGUCAAUCCAAUGUUGAUUUGAAACAACAAAUUUUCUCACGACUUCAAAUGUGGAAAAAUUCUUACGGUGUUUUACUUUUUCUUUAUUCAUGUUUAAUGACCAAAACAAUUGAUUUGUUAAAAAAAGAAAUUGACGAUGAAACAUCAUUACCAUUGAUUGAUGUUGCAUAUGGACAUGGAAGUCAAUGUUUAACUAAUCUAUUAAUUACAGGUUUUGCUACGCCACAUUGUUUUGAUGGAGAUAAAGAUGUUUCAGGACUGAAAUUGUCCGGAAUACAUCAACAAGCUUCAAUUGGAUUUUUAUCUUCAUUAGAAAUUUAUCGAUUAUUAGAAGUUGGAUGGUUUUUGAAAAAUCCCAAAAGUCCUAUUUGGAUUUUGGGAUCAGAAACACAUUUAACCGUUAUCUUUUCAAGAGAACAAGCGUUAGUCGAACAAGAAAAUGACACACCUAUGAAAAAAGCUUUGAAAAUAUUCCAUAAAUAUGAUACAGAAAAGAAUGGGUUCAUUGCAAAUUCUCUUCUUGAUCAAGUUAUCAAUGAAAUCAUUCAAUCAUCGAUACUUACAUCAACUAUUCCAACUAUAAGUCAAUUAAAACAACGAAUGGAUCCAGAUAAUUUACAAAUUAUCACUGAAUCGUCAUUUCUUCAAGAAUUAUUUUCUCAUGAAACGAAAUUCACUUCCACCAAUGAACAAUUUGGACCAUUAAAUGGAAAACCAUUUGUUCUUUAUCAUUACAAUGGUCUUCCGAGAUCAAAUAAAGAUAAAAAGGUUCGUUAUGCUUCGGCUGAAGCGAUUAUUUCAGAUUAUGGAUACGGAAAUGAUAUCCCAACAUCGGCUGUUGCUCCUGUUCAACCAGGAAGUUAUUUACCAAUUACAGGAGUUUUACGAACAAAAUGGCCAACUAUUGAAAUGAAAUGGGAUGAUGAAAUAAAACCAUCUUUAAAUUAA